AUGGCGAACAAUUUUAUGAUAAAGCUCCUUAUUCUCUUCUUUGGGUACCUAAACUUCUUCGGUGCCGAUGCCCAGAUCUCCAAGAAGCCGGAUGCUGCUUCUUCAGCCAUCCAACAAGGCGGAUAUCAAGCCAGCACUCUUCUUACCUCCGUCAUCAACAAGGCCGACAUUACCCUUCACGAUGUCAACACCCCCGAUACUCAACCAGACUUUGCCGAGAUGGACAACGAUGAAGUCCUCUCCGACGUCGAAGAGGAUGAUGACGACGAUGAACUCAUGAAUGCCAACUCCACCAACUCUGGAGACGUUGCCGUGAGCAGCGCUUCCAAAGGAGGCAAGCGACUGAAAGCUAAAUUUUCCGCUACCGCAAAGCCGAUUGCGAGAAGAAGAGACGACCCAAAAGUGGCAAGAAGUUGA